AUGGAUCAAGUUAAUUGCAAAUCUACAGAAGAUAGCCUUUGGAACUGCUCCCAUGUUGGACCAAACAUCGAAGACUGCAAAAAUAAUUUGGUUGCUGUUGAAUGCUCUGGAAAUGUUACAAUGAGUUUGAAUAUGAAUGGGCAGCUCGAUAAAUGUGCUGGUGCUGUCCAGUUCUCUACAGAGAAAGGCAUUUUUGGCAUCUGUAACUCUGAGUGGGAUAAAAACAAAGCAAAAAAGAUAUGCCAGGAACUUAAUUGUGGAGAACAUUAUUACAUUCCCGAGCCUGGAAUUUUCAACGUACAAAUGAUCACUCAAUAUGUAUCGCUAAAGUGUGUUGACAAUGAGCAAUACUCUUGGCAAUGUGCAGAGUGGUCAACAAACUGUAAAGACCAAGCCAGUGUGAUCUGCACCAAACACAGGAGGUUUCGUCUGCGAGAUGGCAGCAAUGUUUGCUCAGGGUUGGUGGAAGAGCACAACAGCCUAAAUAAAUUGUGGAUUCCACUGCAGAAAAAAGAUAACCCUGGCCCUGAAGUCAUUUGUGCUCAUUUAAAUUGUGGCACCACUGGAAACUUUACUAACAAUCUCCAACUGACGUGCUCAGGCAACGUCAAGCUUCGCAACUUUACAUCGAAAUGUUUUGGAGCUGUUUAUAUUAACAUCAAUGGAUCUGAUCAUGGAGUGUGCUUCAAUGAUUUGCAUAAGACUAAAAUGGGGAUGGUGGUGUGUCGAGAGCUUGACUGUGGUGAGGUGCUGGACGUCAAACAGGACACCGCCAUUUUGAAUGGUUUGUUGAGUAACGUUGACUGUCAGGGUGACGAGUUGUCACUGUGGCAUUGCCAGGCCAAACAUGAGAGAAGGGAAUGCAAGAGCACCAACGUUGUAUGUGCAGGGAGCUUAGAAAUACGCUUAAUUGAUGGUCUGGGUCGCUGUUCUGGACGUGUUGAAAUGAAAUUGGGGGAUACAUGGAAGUCAAUUAGCGCCAAAGACUGGACACCUGAGAACUCAGAUGUGGUGUGUAACCAUUUUGGAUGUGGUACCUCUACAAAAAUGAAUAAAGAACUCUUCGUCAAAGGGAAUCAGCCAGUGGACAAGGAAUGGAAGGUGAAGUGUAACAGCUCUUCAGCAAAGCCCAGUGAUUGUUUCUACAAGACAAAUUCUCGACAUGAAAAAGAAUAUGAAAACGUUCAAAUCAUUUGCCAAAAGGAAGAACUCAUGUUCUUUGAAGGCGAUUUUCCCUGCCAGGGAAGAGUGCGUAUUGAGUCAUUUGCUGGCGAGAGCCGCUGGCUACCUGUAAAUUCGACCAAUAAAACUGAUGUGUGCCAUGCAAUGCAGUGCGGAACUGUUGUGGAUGUGUCUUUUGAAACGGAGAAGAACACCACACAUGCCAAUGUCAAAUGUUUAGUGAAAGCAGUGAAAGUCUCACUUCGGAACUCGGGAGUAGACGGGUGCUGGGGGAUGGUGGAGGUCUGUAGAGAUAAGAAGUGUGGAGGAGUUUGCAGUAAGACUUGGAAAACAGAAGACUCCAAAAAAGUGUGUGAGAACCUGGGCUGUGGAGAUCAAAUUAAGGGCACUCCACCCAACACACUCAUUGAUCUUCAAGUGAACGACUAUAGUGUGUAUUGCUCAAAGGGGGUGAAAAAUAUAAGCAUGUGCAAUUUUAUUCCCAACACUGACUUCAUUUGCAGAAGCCCUGCCAAUGUCAUAUGCACAGCCAGUGUGAAAGCUAAACUGGAGGAUCCCAGAGAUAAAUGCGCUGGGAAAGUGCAUUUGUUUUAUCCUGGAAAGUGGACACCGGUCUGCAAUGACAGCCUUGAUAGAAAUGUUCAAAAUGCAAUUUGCAGUGAACUUAACUGUGGGGUGGCUGAAUCUGUUGUUGGGCCUCUGUAUGGGGAGUCCCAAGCCCAAGGACUGUCCGGCCUCAAAUGUGCGAAUGGCGUCAACUCUGUUUCCAAAUGUAACCUUUCUGACAUUUCAGUGACCACUGAAUGCAAUAUUGGUUAUCUCAAAUGCUCAGAAUGGAAACGGCUGAUCCUCUAUAAGAAAGAAGGCACAUGCAGUGGCCCUGUAUAUGGUGUGAGUUCAGGCAAUACUCCACCACAGCUCAUCAGUGACCAGGUGUGGGGAAAAGAGGAAGGGCAGAUCAUGUGCAAGUAUCUACAGUGUGGAGACUACAUCUCACACUCUAGUAAGCCAUCUACCACAAAUGAAUGGUGGAAUAAGACCUAUAAUUGUAGAGGGAAGAAGAAUAUUUGGGAUUGCGAGAGUGACAAUGUGCAUGUCCAGACUCAUCAGUUAAACAUCAAAUGUGAUGGUAAAUCAAAUCUUGCACUCUCGAACAACUGCACAGGGGAGGUGCUCAUAAAUAAGGACCGUGUGUGUGAGUGGGACGAUCAGAUGUCCCAUAAGGUUUGUGACAGCCUUGGGUGUGGUAAGGCUAUCCACCACUGGGGCACCCAGGUCUCUCUUAAUACUGAUGGCUGGUAUUUCAGCUGCACUGACAGGGAGAUGUUACUGUGGCAGUGUGCAUCCAAGAAGGGCAAGUGUGACAAAACAGUUUCUCUGGCAUGUCAAAAGAGCAUAGAAUUCAGUUCUACUGAGAAAUGUGGAGGCAAACUUCUUGUUAGAUACAGAGAUAAAUGGGAAUUUGUGUGUGGAGACCUAAAAGCAACUGAUGUUAAGAAGGUUUGUGAAGCACUCAACUGCAAAAACAGUAAAACCCUGCCGAAUGAAAAGGAAAUAGCCAAGGAAAUAAAGGUGGCAUUGAAGUGUCCAGACACCUACCAGAGUGUUUCUCAGUGCGUGCAGCAUUUAAAAGAAAAUAAAUGCAAACAUGAGCCUGCCAUAUUCAAGUGUGAAGGCUAUGUUCCAAAAGAGAAAUCUCAAGUGAACUAUGGUCUGAAAGUCGGUCUCUCACUGGGAAUCCUGGUGCUGCUGGUGUUGAUUAUUAUAUGGAGGCAGAAAAAACGUCUCCAUUUACUCUUAACACGUUACAGAAAUAAGGAUGACAAAGAUAUUACAAGAGAUGGGAAUGAAAUGAAUCACAUGGGGACAGAAGAUGAAGAUUUGUAUGAGAGAAAGAUGCCAUUUGAUAAGGAUGACUAUGAAGAUGUGAACUUUGCACAAGGAGAGGACGAUGUAGAUGACAGGAGCAAAGGUUCUUCUGGGACAGAAUAUGAUGAUAUUGAGAGACAAGUCAAUGAUGUAUCCCCUCUCCAAACCCUCACUGAUUUUGACCCAAGCCUUCCACUGCUUCCUAAGAGACCUGAAAACAUGAUCGCAGAUGAUGUCACCUAUGAAGUGGAGAUAGAGAAUCAGGAGGACUAUGAUGAUGUCAUGCCUGCAGAUGCCAAUGAAAAUGCAGGGAUCCCCACAAAAACUGUACAAGCACAAGUAGAUGCUUUAAAUGCAGCUGAAGAUGCAGUUAACAUGGAUGUAAUGGCAGAUACAGUCACAUGUGCUGAUGCAAAUGCAGUGUUUGUGACCACUGAGGUAGAUGUUACAUCCAACAAGUGUAAUGAAGAAAUUAUGUAACUUUCAUUCUGUCACUUAUAAAGUUCCAAUUUAAAGGUGCGCUCGCAUUUUGCUGUGGACGAAAGUUCAACUAAACAAGCUCGUUGUUGUUGGUUAUCAAAUAGAAUCAUUGGUCUAUUUUGUGUCUGUUUUGUGUCUAUCUUUAAUUAUUUUGUGUAUUUGUUUGUGGUCUAUUCUGUUUAAACUGAUGGAAGUGUUUAUAUAAUGAUUACUGUGUGACUUUCAAACUUGGUAAAUGAUCACAUGGCCAUAUUUUAAUGAACAAUGGUUUUUAAAACCUUUUUAAUAAGAUCAAAUGUUCCAGUUUUACAUCUAUUAAAUUAAAUUAAAAGAUACAAAUUUUUUAUUUUUUUUUUUGCUGUUUUGAAAUGUUUUAGUCCUUUAGU